AUGACUGAGGUGUCAUCAACCCGCCUUUAUCUUGGGAAUCUUCCCCGCAACGUCACUAAAUCAGACAUUGAAGAGCACUUCAGCAGCCAUGGAUCUGGUAAAAUCACGGAGAUCAAACUGAUGAAUGGCUUCGGCUUCAUUGAAUAUGACGAUCAACUCGAUGCCAGAGACAUUGUGCCUGAUUCAUCUGCAGCUUUCCAUGGCAGUGAUUUCAAAGGUGAACGACUUACCGUGCAGUUUGCGCGUGGCCCACGCCGCAAGGAGGCCUUCCCUGGUCCUCCUGACCGCAAUGCUGUGCCUCGUCCUCGGCGCACCGUUUUCCGCAUGCAGAUCUCCGGUCUUCCAGAGACAAGUUGGCAGGACCUGAAAGACUUCGCCCGCCAGUCUGGACUGGACGUGGUUUACUCCGAGACUGGCCGUGAACAGGGCAGAGGGUUUGUGGAAUUUGAAACCGCCAACGACCUUAAGACCGCCGUGGAGAAACUGGACCAGCGAGAGUUCAAGGGCUCAACCGUCUCUUGCGUUGCCGAUAUCCAAAGCUUCGAGGAACGCCCCCCGCGCGACCCCUACAGGUCUCGCUCCCCACCUCGUCGCCCUUACCCGGCCCCAAUGGAUGAAUACGACCGCCGGAUCCCCCCUCCUCGUGGCUACAGUCCCCGCGACCACUACCGUGAACGCUCCCCAAUCCCCAUCCGCCGGGAUCCCUACUAUGAACGGGAUGGCUAUGCCCGCCGGACUCCCCCUCGUCCCCGGAUGGAAGAUUACCCUCCCCCUCGUCGCCCCUACGAAGACCAUCCCUAUGAUGCCCGGGCUCCCCCUCCCCCACGCCACUAUGAUGAUCCCUACCUGGCUGCGCGCGCCUAUGGUCGUCCUCGCUCUCCUCCGAGAGGUGACUAUGUUCCUUACGACCGUCCUCGCUACUGGUAG